CCGAGUGCGCAACGGCUCUGUUCCUUGUUUCCUUUUCGUCGUUGUCUCCCCGAAGAACGCUCGGUGAUAUAUACUCGGUUCUUGCGUGGCUCGUUCUCCCCGGUUCUGGUGAAUUAGUCUAGUGGUUACAAACCCUGGCAAGUGCGCGCUACCGUCUAACCGGAUGCCCGUAGUCGAACACGGCCGGCUGACAGAUAACCAGUAGAAUAUUCACGGGAGAGAGAAAGAGAGAGAGAGAGAGAGAAGGAAGGUGGAAAAGAGAAGUCGAGAGUUUUCCAGAACAUUCUGUGUAAGAAAUGUGGAAGAAAAUAAUGGCCUCGUACGAGGAAUAACCUGUGGUAAAUUGGAAUCGAACGAUCGUACCAACCAACCCGUUAGAAACCAAUACUUUCGUGUAUAUAUAUUAUAUAAACUAUAAUUGGACAUCGCGAGAAGUCUUCUUCGAAUCUACAGCUUUGUUCUCGGAUCUGAUGUAUCUAUCCGAAUGAGUCAACCACCACUUCCGCAAUAAGUUGAAACUAAUUAUUAUCCUCCGACUAAUUGGGCUCUCCAAGACCUUUCUCCAUAUGAAUCCAAAAGAAAACCUCGAAUAGCGUAGGUCACUAGACCAGGGUGAGACAGUUCUGCCCUGUCUCACCCUGUAUCUAUUCAGGUCGACGUUAGGCCUGGGCUAAAUCAAUUUGACGGGGCGGGAACACGUGUGGUGGCGAGAAAAGUGACGAUGGACCCGCACGAAGAGCGGCUCGCGACACAGACGUGGUACGUGGCGUCGAUUGUGGACGCGAUCGCGACGAUGCAGUGAUUGAGUAGUGACCGACGGGAGGACGAUGCAUCACUCCGGAGGUACCGGUUACGGGACCGGGCCCCAGGAGCGAGUGCACCAGGCGCCGCGAACUACCGCCCAACCUGACAAGUGUCCCUACGAGACCUACCAGGCGCAGAUACCGGACUGCUGUGCAGCUGCAGCUGCGGUCCAGGAUCCAUAUCCACGGCCGCCCAGCGGAUAUGACGGCAGGUGCUACGAUGAGUGCCAUCGCAGGACUCCAUAUCAGGAGGACACCUAUCCCCAGGAUGUACCUCCGAGCUUCCAUCGACCCCAGUCCAGACUGGGAUACGAGGAACGUCCCCAAUCUCGCGUGGGAUAUACCUCGGAUUCCAGGUGCGCUAGCGGACUCGGGUACGAUGACACGGGAGGUGGCUACCUGGACCAGAGCGAUCCAAGGAUGUAUUGCACCAGCGGUUACUGCAUGGGUGACACCAUGAUGGCCGCGAGCAGAGGCGUCUGCGGCGAGGAGGUUGAACUAGACAUGCGGAGGCACAUCCAGGCAUGUGCCUGCACCUGCAACCACAUGGGCUACGGGAACUACAUGGACUAUCAGACGACGUGCCUAACAGAACUGCCAGACGUGGCACCGUGCAACGGCACAGUGCGACUGCCACCGCCGUGCGAGGAUUCCCCAAGUAGCGGCAGCAGCAAAGACCGCAGGGAAGAGAGUCCUCGCAGAAGAUGCCGAGUAUUGGCGCCCAUUUUGCUCCUAGUGGCGGCUCUGCUUCUCGGAGGGCUUUGUCUACCAUUGCUUCUACAAUCCGCACCUGUCACGCAUCAGCAGAGGCUGGACGUGAUCAGGAGGAUCCUCACUGAAGUGCCUCUGAUCGACGGGCACAACGAUUUGCCCUGGAACGUCAGAAAGUUCGUACACAAUCAACUCGGCGAGGUCAAUCUGAGCAGCGAUCUCGGCAGAGUUGAUCCUUGGGCUAGAUCAGACUGGAGUCACACAGACAUUCCUAGAUUACGUGCUGGUCUCGUCGGUGCACAGUUUUGGUCUGCCUACGUUCCAUGCGGUGCGGCACAGUUGAAUGCGGUUCAACUUUCCUUGGAACAGAUCGACGUGAUCCGCCGGCUCGCCGAGAUGAAUGCUCAACAUUUAACUUUGGUUACCUCCGUCAAAGGUCUUAUCGAAGCGCAUCGAGAAGGCAAAAUCGCAAGUCUUAUCGGGGUGGAAGGUGGUCACUCCCUGGGGAAUUCCUUAGGUGUUCUCAGGACAUUUUACGGCCUGGGCGCGAGAUACCUUACCUUAACGCAUGCUUGCGAUACUUCCUGGGCAGUCUGUUCAGUUGGCGAGACGAACAGUACCCAGGAUUCGACACCAGGCCUCAGUGAGUUUGGAAAGGCAGUUGUCAGGGAACUAAACAGACUGGGAAUGCUAGUGGAUCUCUCUCAUGUCUCAACAAGGACUAUGAGGGCGGCCCUGCAGACGACGAGGGCACCGGUGAUUUUCUCUCACAGUGCUGCCAGGGCACUUUGCAAUUCCACUAGAAACGUGCCAGACGACGUGCUUAGAAAUCUGGCUAAAAAUGGCGGUGUAGCAAUGGUUCCGUUUUAUACAUACUUCAUAACGUGCAACAGUACAGCCACCAUAAAAGACGUUAUUGCACACAUCAAUCACAUUCGAAAGGUGGCGGGGAUCGAUCACGUUGGAAUAGGAGCCGGCUUCGACGGGAUAAAUUUCACUCCUACCGGCUUGGAGGAUGUUUCGAGGUAUCCGCAAUUGUUGGCUACUCUGCUGGAGGAUCCAACGUGGACGGAGGAAGACAUUAAAAAGCUAGCCGGCCUCAAUUUAUUGAGGGUAUUCGCUAAGGUCGAGCAGGUGCGCGACGAAUGGCACAGAGCGGCAGUAUUGCCAGUGGAGAAGAUCAGUCCACCUGACAACUCCGCAUGCGUCUACGGAGCGUCUUGAUCUUCUUUGAGGACAUUCACAGCAGGAUUCCUCGAUUUUCUACGAUCGCCGAAGAUUCGACACGUCUCAUGGAACUAUAGGACCCUGUAAACGUGCGGACUGGAUCAGCUGAAAGAUCGCUUUUCCCUGAUAACAUCUUUUUGAGUUCUCCGGGGAACUCAAUCGCGCCUUAUGAAAGAUGAAAAAUUGAACGAGAACGUACGUUCCAUCUGUGAAAACUGAUAAGAUCAAGACCAUGUGUUGAACGAUCAUCUUCAGGACAAGUUCAAUUUUCUUCCUUAUCUUUUUCUCCUCUCAUUCACACGCCGCGCCGCCAUGAAUUAUGAGAUUGUAUUUUUUUGGCCAUUUUUGACUAACUUUAUGAACAAACUAUCUUGUUCUUCGUAUUGUUGUCGCACUUCGCUGAAAGAACAUAUCUGUAUAACAUAUAAUGGUUAAUUUGCUGCUAUUUUAAUAGCUGGAUACGUCCGUCCAUACUUUCAAGCAGAUACAUAAUUAUUGAGAACUUUUUAUUUAUUUUCUUGUAUCGAUUGCAUCUACGGAAAUAAGCUUUUUGAUACACACUGCGCCUGUAUUACCUCCCAAAGGAAUUUUACUGAGAACAUUUGUUUUAUUUCGUUUAUAAACGUGUUAACACCGAAACUGUUGAAAUUUAUAGAAACAUAAAUAUAUUCAACCGAAAAUACAUUUAUAGCAUAAACCGUAUUUAUUAGCGUGUUCAUCUACAUAGAAAUUUUAUACAGAAAUCUGAGCUCGUCCUGAAGAUAUUCAUAGGUGAAUACUUAUAAGCGUAAGAAAAAGCGUUCCUGAAUGAAUAGCUUAUAAUGAUGCGGACAAUCGAGGCGGCCAAAAAUGCUUGCUAGGAAGAAUUUAUUUCGAACGAGGAUACUCUUUAAGAAACGUUCUCCCGGUAUUAUCCUGACAGAAUUCCGAUAAAUGUUUUUCGAUACUUCUACCUUGGAAUAAUUAUAUAAGAUCUCAAGCGAUGGGUACUAGGUGGCACGCGUUCAAAUGUCAAUCAGAGAAAAGAUCUAUUAAUCAUGACUUAAGGUUGAAUGAUUUGAUAAAUUUUAUUUUGUAAUUUACAACUGCAUGAUAAUAUCCUUGACAUAGAGGAGCAAUUAGGAUAUAUUCGAAAUAACUACUAUAUAAAAUAGACGAAUCUCUCAAAUAUUACACCUAUCCUUGAUAUACUUUCUUUUUUAAUACGAAUGAUAUGAAGAUUAUACCCUUAAAGACGCAGAUAAUCAUUUGAAUGCUUGCUCCUUGUCAACUUAACAAGUGCGCUUAAGACCAAGGAAUUAAAGAAAAACCAAAAAAGAAAAAAAAAGGAAGAACUAGAAAAAUCGGCGAGAAAAUAAUGAAACUUUUGUAACAUUUAAUUAGAAAUUUUGAAACCAGAUCACAGAAACCACUAUUUACGUAUAUACGAUUGUUUCAAGCUUUUAGAGUUUCUAUAUUUACAAAUGGCAAACAAUUUUUGUCAUUUAGAGUUCGUCACCAAAGACCAUUAAGAGGAAAGACUUGUUCGUCACUUAUUAAAUGUUUCCAACCUCCGACUGAAAUCCUUAAAAAUGUUCUUAUAACGUUUGUUAUAACAAGGCUUCUAUUACGCAUGCAUGACGCAAUUAUUUGACGCAACUGCUGGUUCAUUUGUAAACGAAAUACCUUGUUAGGACUGCGAGUAUCCGGAUAUCGAUAAUAUUCGAAUAUUCAAUUAAUAUUUAUAUGAAAAAUUGAAUAUUUCAUAGAAUCAACUGCGCUAUUAAAUUAUCAUUAUUUAGAUUUGCAUACAUAUGUAUAUGCAUACUGUGCAUUAUUGAAAACACACAUGCGAUAAUUACCUUUUUAUAGUACUGUUACAUUUGAAUUUUAAAUAACUAAAUUCUUCUAAAUUCUUUAGAUUCCAAUCAAAGUGGACAAUUUUCAAUUUAUAUGAAAUAUCCUUGUGUCAGGCACCUUUCUUUUACUAGAAAAUUAAGUAGAAAAUUCAACUAAUAACCGAAUAGUCUUAAAUUAUACUAAAUGCUUUUGUAUCUAAAAUUUCCUUUUUCGAUAAAAGAUUAAAUUCAGUAUGAAAUUUUUAAUCAAAUCUCUACUUAGCUUGGUCAUUUUGGCGCAAUGACGUUAAUGUUGGAUACUUGAAUAUUAUCUAAAUUAGAUCAAGUAUUGAAAAUCCGGAUAAAUUGGCAGGUCUAUUUAUUAUGCUCACCAAUAUGAAACACUGCCAAGCCAAUUUAUACUGAACCAUUAUGACAUGAGAAACUAUAAUUGCCAAAAUCCCUUUUCGAUAUAGUAGUCGAGACGUAGCAAUAAACUUUUUAGUCGGUAAAUCGUAAAAUAAAACCGAGGACUUGAGAAUGAGAACACGUAGAAAAUACUUCUACAUAUCUAGAAAAGGGAACUUCUUUUGGGAUGUAACUUAAAUUAGAGACAGUGAGCAAGUACUAAACAAAUAUUUCAUCUGGUUUGCCAAUCGCUCUCGGACAUUGUCCUAAGUCAUCCGAAAAUCUGCGAUACGCGCUGAGGAUCAAGAAGAGAAGGAUGCGAAAAUUUUGACAAAGGCAAAAGCUGAGCUUCGAAGCGAAAUGCGUUGUGAAACAUUGGGAAAUAAUAUCGGAUCAAUUACUAUUAUUGCAGACACUGUAAAUAUAUAUAACGUCGUGCUCGCAUACAUCAAAUAUUACACCGAUUUCCCUAGCGUUUACUCGACGAAAUUCUCGCAAGCGUCUUUGAUUUUUUCGUAACGACGUUUUUCCAUUAUCGACUUUGUAAUAUCACGAUAAGUAUCACCGGUAGAUAGUAAACGGAACGCUCGAUUGUGAAAAUAAGACACAAAGAAGAAAGGCGAAAAACGCACUGCGAAUCAGAAAAUGCGAAUGAUACCGAAAACUAGCGUAGACUGUCCUAGCUUGUACGAACAUUUCGACUUUUCUUACUUUUUUCCGACGUGGGAAACGCGUGCGAGAAAUUUUUAGGUACCUGUAAUUAACAUUGUUAACGACUAUACAUAUAUAUAUAUAUAUAUUAUAUACAUAUAUUAUAUAAAAGAAACCAAGGCGCCUUCGACAACUCGCAGCACCAUUCUACGACUCUGGUAGAAGAUUAAUCCGUGGUGAAGAAAUUAACAAAAAUUCGUUCUGUAUCAACCCAUUUGUAUCCAUAGACGCAUUUAAGGACAAAAUAUCUCGCCACACGAUGCUUCUGCAACACUUUGGACGAUAUAUCUUGCGUGUUUAAUUCGUCGUCAAUUAACGUCAUUAAUUAAAUCUUCACUUUUUGUUGAGAUUCUUGUGUCUCGUAUUUAUAACGUUUUACAUCUCAAAAACAUUAGUAUUUCUAGUUAACUUAACAUUAUCGCAUUCAAUCAAAAACUUAUUGCACUAUUGGGUAGUACUUAUCAUUUAUUUUCUUCAUAUCUUUUUUCCAACUCUAUGCCACAAGAUUAGUCAUUUUAGUCGCUUACCCAAUACGUACAUAAAACACAUCACGAAAAGUAAACACGCAUCGCGAUACAAACUUAUUGAACGAUCUAAUACAAGUAAGUAUCAUUUUGUACAAAAGAAAAUUUUAAGAGAUAUAUCGUCCAUAGAUUCGACAGGAUUAAAAGGAAGGUUCAGAGGAAAACUAGUACGAAUGAAAAAAUUCUCAAUUAAGAAAACUAUAAAUAAAAUUAAACUCUAAUAGAGAAAUGCAUAUGCUUCUAAGUUAAUUAAGACACGUCGUUAGAUUGCGGAUUUUUAUGCAUUUAUGAGAAAUUUAAAAAUGCAAAAAUGGAUAGAAUACAUUUAAUAUAUAAAAAGUAUAUAAAAUACCCAAAGUACUUGCACUAUCACUUGUUAUAAUACGUAUUAGCUAAAACAAAUAUCUGCUACUCCUACUCUUUCAAUUAUACACAAUAACAAUACUCGUUAUUAUACCUAUAAAGGUGAUUAUUCAUAGCAAAAUCUUCUACGUUCUACAUAAACGCAGAUAUCAUUUCUUCAUAUUUCUGUCCUAUUUAGUGUCGAAAAAAAAAUUCGCUUGUACCACUUUUUCACUGAGCCCUCAAAUAUGCACAAUAUAUCGCGAAAUGCAAAGGACGUCGAAAACAACAAUUGCAUUAAAGACUAUCGGUUUAUACAGCGAAUGAUCGUUAAUUACUUUACACGAAGCGAAAGGUCUUGAGUACGAUCGUUAGUGGAAGCUUUUUUCCUCGAAGUAAAAAUACGUACGCUUGCGUUUUCCUCGACGUUGACAAGGAUAACAAUUUCAAAUCGACAAGCAGAAUUUAUUGUCUACCAAUAAAAUAACCUUAGCGAGACAGCAGGAUCCUGUUGAACGAACUCUUAGCAGCAAUAACACUGAUAACCGCCACGUAGUGAACGAUUAAGUAGUGUAAAAGACCAAUAGGACGAUAUUUACGAUUUCUAAUUCGUAAAGAGUAAGUCUAGCACGUUAAAAAUAUUGAUUGGAUCGAUUCUUUGAGAAAUACUUGGCGUCGAGAACACUAAAUUCUUCGAAUGCUAAAAAAGAAAAGGAAAUUCGUAUUUGAUUCGCUUCUUUGAUUCCGACAUUCUAUCGACGAUGAUACAUCAUUUAUAGUUGUUCAAAAUUUUUCAUGAACAAUGUUCGAGGGAGACGAAGUAUAUUUCUCAAACGAUUGAUUCGACGGCAGUACAUUGCUCAAUACCAUUGAUCGGGACAUGGAGAUGGAAACAAGACUCACUCUUGUGUUUACGAUAGCGUUACAGCCACACGACUCAUGGAAUUAUUCACAUGUAGACAAAAUGAUACCGUUCUAGUUUCGUAUAGCCGCAACGGUGUAUUCUUUGUAUAAAGAAAAAAAUGGGGAGAAAAAAUAAGGGGGAAGAAGAGAUCACGUUUUUCCUUCGAGGCGAAAAAAAAUUGCCGAAGAUGGGUUUCGAAGCCGCGUGAGAUGCCGAAAAGAAAUUAAUUUAAUUAAUUUAAAUUAAUUUCGAAUCGACUCGUGAGGGAGGAAACUAGAUAAUCAUUUCGAGCGUGCGUGAGUACAUGAGUGCAAGUGGAAGAAUGAGAAAUGGAUACGGUUGAAAUAAAUUGUCGUAUAAUAAUCAAGAGAAAUAUCGAACGAGUUGAAGGAAAUCGAUGUUUCGAGCAUUUCAAGAAGAUAAAGGAAAACAUUUGUUUACAUUUUUUUAUUCUCGCGUGAGAAUCAAGUCGAAUUCUUAUUUUUGCAAAUUUUAUUUAUCGAUGAUUUUCUUUUGUGAGUCGAGUAUCGAUACGCUGAAAGAUCUUUUUAAAAGGCUCGAACGUCGAACGAAAACUGUUCAACGUGUUCAUUUUCUAUGAAUUAAGUAGCGAAACGAUCAAGCACGCAUGCGUAGAUGAACCUUCCUUUUCUGAACCGAUUUAGCAAGAAAACAGAGGCCAAAAUCAAUUGUUCGUGUAAAGGGCGAAAGUAAAACGUUUGGACAGAGAGAGAAACAGUGUGAGAGAGUGUGAGAAAGAGAAACAGAAGAACCUUAGAGAUAAAUCUUAACGUACAUAACAUAAACAACACACAACUGCCUAGAAACUCAGAUUAAUAAUAUUGUAACUUACUAUAUUAUAUACAAUUACAACUGACAUGUCCAAACGCACAAAAGGGCAAGUUUGGCAAGACGAGACACGCGCAUGUAAAUAGGAUAUAUCGACGUGUAAUCCACAGAUGUAUAUAACAGGGGAUGUGCAAGAGAAGCAGUUUCAAAAACCGAAACUCGAGAAAACUUGAAGCCGUUUCUGUCUGAUCUUGGCUACAAUUUUUCACUUUAUUCCUCGAGAAUGUAAUACUUACGACCAUUCGUGGCGAAAAAUUUUGUAGCCAAUGUACGUAUGAAGAGAUAAAUUGAACGAAGUUGCAGAAUUGUGUUUUCCCUAUUUAUUCGGUAAAGAUAUAAUUCGUUAAUAAUAAUCGUUAGAUAAUUCAGAUAUUUAUAAACUAUUACCUAAAUGAUUGAAUUUGUAGAGCUGCUUCCUUUUCUAGAUAUUUUCUCCUCUCUAACGUUUCCUUUUCCCUUAAAGUUGUUUCAUUCCAGCUUUCUCCUUCGCGAGUUUUAGCGUUUGAAGAUUUAUAAGUUACUUUUAAUAAAAAUUCAAAUUAAUAUUUAAUGUUUAAACUCUCAACAAUUGCCACUUUUAGGCUUGGAACCGAUUAAAUACUUGGAAAACAUAAUGCUGAUACUUCGUUCAUUUGUCUAUUUAAACUAAAACUGUUAUAAUGUCGAACGCUCGAGAAAAGUGUGUAAGAUUCGAUGAUUUUAGAUUGUUUAAUAAUACUUCGAUGCAGUCAGAUCAGGAUGCAAUAUAAAUGAGGAGAAAAGCUAAACUUAGACCAGCCCAAUCCAUAUAGAAACAUACGUUUUUCAAUACUAAAAGUGUACCCUACAAAUAUUUUUUAUCUUUCUUUUUUUCGACUUGCGGCAAUCUAUCCUGUUUAAACCAUCAAUAAAGCAUUUUUGUUUAUAUCAUGUUUAUUAUUUUCAUUAACUCAACUAGUUGUUUGUUACGAUUGAAUUAUACUUUUUUGAAUAGAAAAUUAUCAAGUAGACGAAUUUUGAAAUAAAUUUUUGAAACGAAUCUUUUAAAUAAAUGGAAGUAUACAAGUUUGUUGUUAUGAUAAAACCGAUUCUCGAGCUGUUCGACAAACACUGCACGCGAAAAUCUUUUUAGAUGAAUUUAAACUAAUAAAAGAGAGAGUUUACGAAAUAAAAGGGCAGCUAUUUACGAGAGAGCGAGAGAGCGAGAGAGGGAGAGAGAGAGAGAGAGAGAUUGUAAAGAAGACGUAUGAUGAUAAGGAAGAGAGAGAAAAGGAAGAGAGCGAGAUGGAAUGUAUAGGCGAUUAUUAAAGAGACUAUGAGGAUUAAAAUGAUAUAGAAAGUUUUAAUAAAUUAAUUAUUAACGCUACAAGCAAGAGACACUAUUGAUACCUAUUACCUAAGGAAAAUAGUACGUUUACAAGCAUGUAUACAAUACAAACAUUUACACGAUCUUAUACAAUCAUUGGGGAAUACACACGCAUACAUGUACAUGUACACGACAUACAAUCCUAUGAACAUGAAAUGGUGAGAAUAUGCAGAAUCUCGUGCGUAAAUAAAUUAAUCUCCAUUCGACUCGAGAUUGCUAUAAUUACGAACGUGAAACGGACACAUAAGACUAAGUUACUUGCUAUUACCUACAUAAAAAUAUAUAUUAUAUAUAUUAUAUAAAUAAAACAAAACAAAUAUAGAUAUAUAUAUAGAAGUAAAGGAUGAAUGCAGAAUGCGAAUGAGGGAGAAAAGUGACUGAGCGAACAUAAAGGGAAAUGAAAGAAAUCGAGCAUUUUUUAAAAGAAUCGUCAGGCAAAUUUUUCACGAGCUAUAUACGCUCCGAAUGGCCCUGACGAAUUUAGAAAAAGAAAACAUCCAAAAGUGAUACGUUAUUUAUCAACAGUUUUAGUUAUACCCAAAGUGGUGAACCCUAGAUCGUGUAUAAACUAUUAUAAUUUUAGGGACUUCGGUUUGUUUGAUGUUGAAAGACUCGCAGGAAUGUUGAAUCGAUCAUCGUGGACUCGUGUAACGGAACACUAAAAUCGAAUGAUGUUUAUUAGAAAUCGGAGGCCAACUGCGCGUUUCUAUCGCGCCCGAAUAUUUAUUUGAUCAGCUUGAUUUUGAGGAAGAGCACACCAUUCGGUUCAACAAAGUGAUUCAUCACGUUGCACGAUGUAGUCGAUCUUGUUUAAUAGUUUUUUUCUUAGAACGUGAGUUAAACUAGAUUAAAGUUCUAACUCUUUGAAGUAAAAGAUGCUACAAACCUGAAGAAUAAACCUCGUACUUAAAUAAACAGAUAAAGAUCCAUCCAGAAGAAUAUCUUUUCCCACACGUACAUGUCGGCUCUACUGACUUCGCGAAACAUUUUUUACUAUCCGUUGACGCUUCGAUAUUUUAAGAUAUUUGCCGUGAGAUGCGGGAAAAAUUUCUGAGAAUUCAGCAAAAGUGCGAGUAAUGGUCUCGGAGUUUGACAAACAGAUUCGAUUUUAAGUGUCGAUCAAGAUAAAUGGCUCGCACGGUAACAAAUUCAAGCGAGAGAAAUAGAUUUAACGAAUCGAACAAGGACAAAGGCGAUAGCGAUGACAACGAUGAUGAUUUUAUCUAUGUUAAUCUAGAAGACAUUGCUGGAACAAUGAUUUGUACACCUUCUAUGAAGGACCGUAGAAUACAUUAUGUUACCUAAUACUCGUAAGCAC